AUGACCCGCCGGACUAUUUUACUUAUAUUAUUAAGCUAUUGUAUAUACACAUGUAAUAGCAAUGACGCAAAAGGUGGACCAGAUCCUUGGCACCACGAAGACUUAAAAGGUCCGGAUCUUACAGAUGAAAUUCGUUUACCACCUGAUUUACGAGCUCCUUUGCAGAAAGAAAAAUCGACAGAUACAAAAUUUGGAUGGUGGUUUAAAAGAUUACUAACUAUAGUCUUAAAAAGUGGCCAAGUAAAGAAAAGUGAUGAAGAUGGCAGUGUUGAUGUAUCACUUCAAAUGAGGUUUGAGGAAAACAAAUGGAAAGAAUUACAUGAGUGCUUAAUAUCGGAGUCUACACUCUCUGAUGUUAUGUUCAGAAGAGCUGUAGGCUAUGUUGAGGAAGGAAUCUAUAAGCCAACCAUCACUAAUAAAAUUGUAAUGGCAUGGAGUGAUUACAUCCAAGUAUAUCUUACUGAAUACAAGACAACUAUUUCUUGGUUUUUUGGCAUACUUGGAGGUCUUGGAAUUUUUGUAUGGCUUUGGCAACAUGUUUCUCACAAACAUGCGGUGAUGUUAAUACUAGCUGUGUCAUAUAUUUAUGAAGUAAUUAUAUCUUACAAGGAAGCAGAGCAACAAGAAUAUGAGAAGUUUUUGUCUGCUUUGAAUACAUGUAAAUGGAACAUUUGGAAAUGGAUUGAUGGAUCUGAGUGCGCUUUUCCAUCACCUGAUCCAUUAUCAUUUAUGAAACAUAUGAACCCAUUGAAAAUUGCUAUAAGAAUGUUUACAUCUUUAGUUUGUGAACCAAUAGUAGUUAUCAACACUACCAUCAAAAUUACCUUACAUGAUAUCACUGAUGGAUUGUGGUUUCCUUUUGAUAAGAUUGUGUAUGGACUUUUAAUAGUUGUGAUAAAUAUUUCAUUAAUAUACCUCUUAGUUAUGAUUGUUUUCAAUUUUAUAUUCAACAUUCCAUUCAAUUUAAAUUUUCUGGGUAUUGUCAGGGUUGGAGUUACUCAAAAUAAGAGGUCAUUAUUUUCAACUAGUCCUGAUGAACACCAUGCAGCAGCAGCAGACAGUGAUAGGAUAAGUGGUGACAGACUGGAUAAGCUUUUAAAUGCUUUUUCAUUAGCUUUAAAUAAUCAACAGAACAAAAAUAGUACUAAAAAGGUAGUACAGAAUGUAAGACUUCCAAAAUUACCGAGAUCUUCUAGUACAGGACGACUUCCAAUGCUUCUUUCGUCAGAAAUUGACCUUGAUAAUAAAUUAGAUAUAAAUAGUCAUCUAAGAAAAAGGUAUACACAAGGACGUGGAGAAGGAGACCACUAA